AUGUUUGAGAACAGACCCAAUACUCAGAAGCCCGACAAGAACCUCAUCAACAAAUUCCAGGAAUCCUUCUCCGACGUGAUCAGGCCAGUCACCAAAUGCAAUCCAGCUACUUACUUAGGCGAUUUGCGAUCCACGCCUUUCAGAGAUGAUCACUUGCUUCCUACGCACGCUGCACCCCAAUCCUUCCACGAUAAUACCUCACGUGGUAUGACACCGGUUUUGCAUGGCCCGGCCGGAGAUCUUCACACACCAACCCUCGGAAGAUAUUUAUUAACACCUAGAACACUGCUUGACCAAUUCCCGGUCACACCCUUGCAUCUACCCAAGGCCGACAUAUCCUACAACAGCUUUGAUCCACAAUGCUUCCCACAAGAACCUCAGAGUGCCGCUUACCCACUCAGUGGAUUUGUUUACUCCACCUUUGCCGAUGAACUUAUGGGCGAACCCGGCGCACAAGAAUAUUCCAAUGAUGUGGGAAUUCAAGGGCAGUUGAUCUCUCAGCUCGUCUCCCCUGGGACCAGUCUCUCGGGAGUUGAAACUGUGGUAGCUCAUGAUACUACCAAUUCUAGAUAUCUGGUGGCCCUGAACACACCCACGGCGAUGAUUCAUGACCCGAAUGAUCCCACAAUUACCUAUCUCAAUAAAGGUCAAACAUACUCUAUAUCGAUCACCGAUCUGAAGUCCCCUCCACUGGCCAAUGGAUUGGUCAAGUAUCGAACGUCAAUACGUGUUUCCUUUCAAGACAAACAUCAAGCAUCAAGGCCCACUUCUUCCUGGCAGCUAUGGAAGGACAUUCGUGGCCAGGAGUCCCAUCGAAAAGAUGGCCUUUUACGCGCAGUGGAGUUUGUUGAUUUGGACCCAGGCAACAAACGACGAACUCAGCUAGAAAGAAUAUCUUUAGAUGGCUUUAGUAUCAUAUGGUAUGCAGAUUCCACCGCACAGGCAUCGGGAUGCUCGAUAGGUGUCAGAUUCAACUUUCUUUCGACGGACUUCAGCCGUUCUAAAGGGGUGAAAGGAGCUUCUCUCAGGCUUUGUGCUAAAACACAAGCCGAUUUAGGCGAUGCCGAACUGAGAUUUUGCCAUGUGAAAUUGUUCCGUGAUCACGGCGCUGAGCGCAAAAUGUUUACGGACGUCUCACAGCUAAAACGUGCAAUUGAGAAACGCCAAAAGCAAGCCGCUGAAAAUGAAAAUUUGGAUUCAAAUGACAGUCUUGGAAAACGAAAACGUGAUGCUCGCUCGGCUGUUGAUACAAGCGGUCCCAGUCUAGACGCUGAAGUGUUGAGAAUGCAAAGUCUAUUCUCCUCCAAUCACCCCGUCAGCACUUUUUGUCUUCCGGGUGAGAAGAAAGAUGAUCCGGAUUUGUUCCCAAUCCACAUAGUGGAUGAGGCGCAAACUCAGCAUCAAGUAGACAAACCGACUCUGCAAACUCUCACCCCUCCAUCAACAUCGAGCAGCAGGUCGAGAAGUCAGACACAUAACUCGGGGGAUCAGCAGCCACGUGAGCCGCCUCUCAAAUCAGAACCACCCGAGUUGAUCGACUGCAAUGAUAACUCUGAAAUCCUCAUGCUAUCUACCCAAAGUGCUGAACCGAUGGAUGUCAAUUCAAGACCUACAGCAGCAGGUUAA